AAAAAAAGGGCUAAACCCUAAACCACCCGUCCUCCGCCUGGCCGCCUCUUCCGGUGAUGUCGUCAUCGUCACCGCCGCCGCCGCCGGUGCUGCCGAUAUCGGAGCACGAGGACGAGAUCGUAGCCGCGGUGGAUGUGAACCCGGUGGUGGUGGUCAUCGGCAAGACGGGCUCUGGCAAGAGCACCCAGCUCUCUCAGAUCCUCCACUGCUGCAGAUACACUCGCCGGGGUGCCAUCGCCGUCAUCCAACCCCGCCGCGUCGCCGCCGUCUCCGUCUCCAGAAGAGUAGCUCAGGAGCUUGGUGUCCCACUUGGGGAUGAAGUUGGUUAUGCAAUUCGAUUUGAGGACAGAACUUCGGAGAGAACAUGCAUAAAAUACCUCACAGAUGGCGUUCUUCGUGAAAGCCUUUCAAAUCCUGAAUUGAAGCAAUACUCAGUGAUCAUACUGGAUGAAGCUCAUGAGCGUAGUUUGAACACUGAUAUCCUUUUAGGUUUGAUGAAAAGAUUGAUCAAGGACAGAGCUUCAGAUUUAAAAGUUCUGAUCACCUCUGCGAUUCUUGAUGGUUUAAAAGUUUCAAAGUUCUUCUCAGGAUGCCCUGUGUUAAACAUUCCUGGAACUUUAUUCCCUGUGGAGAAACUUUACAGCACUGAGCGCCCAACAAAUUAUAUAGAAUCUUCACUUAGAACAGCCAUAGAUAUCCAUGCCAAGGAACCCCCAGGGGAUGUCUUAAUAUUUAUGACAGGAAAUGUUCAUGGCCGGCUUUUCUUUAGAUUUGUGAUUGAUUGUGGUUAUGUAAAGCAACGCCAGUAUAAUCCAUCAAGUGGAAUGUAUUCACUUGAUGUAGUUCAGAUUAGCAGAGUGCAGGCUGAUCAGCGAGCAGGGCGAGCUGGAAGAACUCGGCCCGGCAAGUGUUAUAGGCUAUAUCCAAUGUCUAUAUAUGAAAAGGAGUUUUUUGAGGCUACAGUUCCUGAAAUUCAACGCUCUUCUCUUGCUGGAAGUGUUCUGUAUCUGAAAUCGUUAAAUCUUCCGGACAUCAACAUCUUGAAGUUUGAUUUUCUAGAUCCACCAUCACGAGAAGGUGUGGAGGAGAUGCUGAGGCAAUUAUACCUCAUUGAUGCAAUUGAUGAAAAUGGGCAAAUAACAGAUGUUGGACGCAUUAUGGCAGAACUCCCGCUGGAGCCUUCUCUUUCAAGGACUUUGAUUGAAGCGAAUGAAUUGGGAUGUUUGUCCUGGGGUGACCAUAUAUUGCUUCAGAUAUUCGAAAGUUGGGGCCGAACAGGAUAUGAUCCAAAAUGGUGCUCUGAUCAUGAUUUGCAGGUGCGGGGUAUGAAAUUGAGCAAAGAUGUGAGGAACCAACUAUGUCAGAUUAUUCAAAAAAUUGCAAAAGGUCCAACUGAUGUUCAUGCAAGGAAAAGCCAGAAGAAUGACCCUGACUAUAGAAAGUUGAGGAGAGCUCUCUGUGUAGGAUAUGGUAACCAGCUAGCUGAGAGGAUGCUGCAUCACAAUGGGUACCAUACUGUUGGCUAUAGGGCCCAACUUGUGCAGGUGCAUCCAUCUUCUGUACUGGAAGGUGAUGAAUACGGGAGGUUUCCGAUGUACGUUGUUUAUCAUGAGCUGAUAAGUACAACUUGUCCAUAUAUGAGAAACAUUUGUGCUGUCGAUCAGGCCUGGGUUGUGCCUAUAUUGAAGAAGCUUCAGAAAUUAGAUGUAAGCCGAUUAAGUGGUGGUUCAAGUGCACCGAAAGAUUCUGAACCUCUGGAUGAACAUGUAAACGUGCCAAAGAAAGCUAUUGAUGUUCAACAAUCUGAGGUGGACAGUAAAAUCCAGGCAGCACGGGAGCGCUACCUUGCACGAAAAGGCAAGAAAUGACACGUUUUC